GGAAAAUUGUUACCAAUUGCCAUCCAGCUAGAACAGACACCCUCAGAAAAUAAUCCAGUUUUCUUGCCAUCUGACCCUGAAUACACUUGGUUGUUGGCCAAAAUGUGGUUCAACAACGCAGAUUGUAACUACCAUCAGUCUAUAGCUCAUCUAGGAUCAACUCAUAUUUUAAUGGAGUAUGUUUGCAUAGCAACCAAUCGCCAGUUGUCUCCAAGUCACCCUGUAUACCGUCUAUUAUGUAACCAUUUCUUGUACGUCAUGAAUGUAAAUACAGGUGGCAUUCCCGGACUAAUGUCUGAGAUGGAUAAGAACCUGACUUUAGGAUCUCAUGGUUUCAUCACAAUAAACAGCCGUAUCUGGCCUAAAUGGAGACUGAAUGUUGAGGGAACUUUACCAAAUGAUCUACAAGAUAGAGGAGUAGAUGACGAGAAUGCUUUGCCCAACUACCACUACAGGGAUGAUGCUAUGUUAUUGUAUAGAGCCAUUGAGAAAUACAUCAGGAGUGUUCUUACAGGGAUUUAUGAUU